GCGGCGCGGGGCGGGGGGCCGCGAUGCCGCAGCUGGAGCCGGCGGCGGGGGACGACCUGGGGGCUCCGGACGAGCUGAUCGCCUUCCAGGACGAGGGCGAGGAGCAGGACAAGGGCGCGGGGCGCGGCUCGGCCCACGGGGACCUGGACGAGCUCAAGUCCUCGCUGGUCAGCGAGACCGAGGGCCGCGCCGCCGCCCCGGGCGGCCCCGACGCCGAGGCGGAGCGGCCCCCGCAGCCCCGGGAAAGUUUCCAGAAGCCGCGGGACGCGCUCGCUGAAGUGGUCAGACGACAGCAGGAUGGGGGGUUUUUUAAAGGCCCCCCCUACCCCGGCUACCCCUUCCUGAUGCUCCCUGACCUGGGCACCCCAUACCUCUCCAAUGGAGCUCUGUCCCCCGGCGGCGCCCGCACCUACCUGCAGAUGAAGUGGCCGCUGUUGGAUGUGCCGGCUGGGGCCACGCUGAAGGACAGCCGCUCACCGUCACCCGCACACCUGUCCAACAAGGUCCCGGUGGUGCAGCACGCACCCCACAUGCACCCCCUGACGCCGCUCAUCACCUACAGCAAUGACCACUUCUCGCCCGGCUCGCCGCCCGCACACCUCUCACCUGACAUCGACCCCAAAACAGGGAUCCCGCGCCCGCCGCACCCCCCUGAGCUGCCCCCCUACUACCCGCUGUCUCCAGGAGCCGUGGGUCAGAUCCCGCACCCGCUGGGCUGGCUCGUGCCGCAGCAAGGACAGCCCAUGUACUCCAUCCCCCCCGGCGGCUUUCGGCACCCCUACCCUGCCCUCGCCAUGAACGCCUCCAUGUCCAGCCUGAUGUCCAGCCGCUUCUCCCCACACAUGGUCCCACCGCCCACCCACGGGCUGCACCCCUCAGGCAUCCCACACCCCACCAUCGUCUCACCCAUCGUGAAGCAGGAGCCAGCCCAGCCCAGUGCCAGCCCCGGCAGCAGCUCGAAGUCCCCCGUCACAGUGAAGAAGGAGGAGGAGAAGAAGCCCCACAUCAAGAAGCCGCUCAAUGCCUUCAUGUUGUACAUGAAGGAGAUGAGGGCCAAGGUGGUGGCUGAGUGCACGCUGAAGGAGAGCGCGGCCAUCAACCAGAUCCUGGGCCGGCGGUGGCACUCGCUGUCGCGGGAGGAGCAGGCCAAGUACUACGAGCUGGCACGGAAGGAGCGGCAGCUGCACUCGCAGCUCUACCCCACGUGGUCAGCCCGCGACAACUACGGCAAGAAAAAGAAGAGGAAGCGAGAGAAGCUGGCCCAGCAGCAAAGCCACGAGGCAGACACGCCCACCCCGCACCCCGCAGGCGCGCUGCCCUCCAGGAGCAAGAAGCCGUGCGCCCCGCACCACCUGCCUCCCGACAAACCCUGCGACAGCCCGGCCUCGUCCCACGGCAGCAUGCUGGAUUCGCCUGCCACGCCGUCGGCCGCCCUGGCCUCGCCGGCUGCGCCCGCCGCCACGCACUCGGAGCAGGCGCAGCCGCUGUCGCUCACCACCAAGCCGGAGGCCAGGGCUCAGCUCGCCUUCCUCUCCAGCAAAUCCUCCUCCUCCUCCUCCUCCUCCUCCUCCCUGGGCUCCCCCCCGUCGCUGCUCCCCAGGCCCAUCGCCUUCCCCUCGCUGCUGCUCUCCUCCCCGCCGGCCCCGCAGCAGACGCAGCCGCUUGCGCUGGUCACCAAACCGGCCGACUGAGGGGGGUUGAAGAGGAGCCCCCCGCCUGCUGGGCGCCACCGACGCCACAAUCACGAUUCCUGACGCAGCCAAACCAUUAUUGGUCAAUAUUUGACCUUUUCUGAACUGGUUUUUUUUUGGUGGGUUUUUUAUUUUUUUAUUUUUCCUCUUUUGGGAAGCAGACUCUGGAAGAAGAGCCGCUUUCCCUUACCAGCAGUCGACCUGAAGACUGUUUUGAUUAAAAAAGAAGAAAAAAAAAAAGGGGGAAAAGAAGGGUUGUUUUUUUUUUAAUUUUUAUUUUUAAGAAAGAAUAAAAGAAAAAAAAAAAAAAAAAAAGGACCCUUCCUCAAGGCAGAGUGCUGGGCAUCCAGCGCCGGUGCCCCCAAUGCUCCCAGUGCCCCCAGUUCCAUCCCACUGCAGCUGGACGUGGCCCCCAGCGCGGUGCUGGGCUGGGGGCUGUGGGGUGGGGAUGGGGGUGGAGGGCAUUGCAAUCGAAUCCCUGUUAUUUUUCACAAAAACAAAGAAAGAAAAAAAGGAAAUAAAACCACAGCUGCAACUUUGCUGCGUGAGCGUGAUGCGUGCAGGAAGACCCAGAUUGGUGGAGCUCUGCUUUCCUCUGCUGUCCUCUGCAAAUCACUGCUGCUGAUAUCAGCCUGGAGCCCCCGCGGCUCCCAAAGAGCCAAAAAGUCGCUUUUUUUUUGGUCAGAAAAACCAAAAAUCCACAGUCCUGCGAGGGAAUGCAGCCGUGCUCAGCCGACACCGGGAGCGGGAUGCGGCCAGCAGCCUUGAAUGGGAUUUCAUGGGAAAUUAAAGGCAUGAAGAGACCUGUCACAAGAAUUAAAGUCUGGACCGCAGCCAGACAGCUUCAAACAGAUGUUGGACUUCAGCAGGAGAAUAUUUCUUUGUUUCACUUGGAGUUUUCCCAUACGGAGAAGGAACAUCUGUUGGGUGCUCUCCGGGUUCGGAGACCUGCUGCAGGGGAGAGGCACACGGAGCUGCUGCUCGUGGGGCUGCAUGAAGGCAUCGAGUCCUGCACGGCCACAUUCAGCCCUGCACAGGGCUCUGUGGCUGGGGCAGCAGCACACGUCCCCCCGUCCCCGUGCCACCAGGCAGCUGCCAUCUCCCUUUGGAUGACAUCUCGCCGUGCUCCGCUGGCACACAGCACCCGGAACCCAUUUUUCUUUGGGUCACCCCAUCCUUUGUCCUUAUUGCGGCCAUCAAACAGCCCCCCGGCACGUCGCGUCUCCCCCACCCUCCCAGGGCAGCGCUGGCCAUUCAUUAAUUGAAAUGCCUAAUGAGGUCCCGGGGGUCUCCUGCGGACACGGAGCUAAUUAGGGGCUCCCCGGGACCGCUCCUUGCGGGGGGUCGCGCCAGAUGUCGCCCUGCCGCUCCGUACCGCGCUGGGCCGUACCGAAGCAGCCGGGAGCAGAGGUUACAGCUCAUACAUUUUAAUUAGCGUCGUUCACUUCUCCCAUUUGCUAACGGCUUUGAUCCCGUAUCCCGCCCAGCUCAGCGGACCUCGGGGCGCAGCGGCGGGGCCACGGGAUGGGAGGGGGUCCGCUGCCGCCGGGAAGCCUGGCCGUGCUCCGAAGGGGUCGUAGCCAAGAAGCGACGCCCCUGGAGCAGAAGGGCACCGCGAGCCCCGCACCGCCGGCUCUUCUCCCAAACCCCGCUCUGAGCCCAAAGCGCAGCCACACAGCUCUGCGCCUGCGCGCGGCCCUCCCGCCAAGCACCGACGUCUGAUUUGCAUAGCCG